AUGAGACCCAUGCUGCUGCUGUUGCUGCUGCUGUUGUCCCAUGGAGUCUGUGGGAAACUGAAGGCAAAAUGCCCCUUGAAUCUGAUCAGGGAACAAAACGAAGCAUUCAAUUACUACCGGCCUGGAGACUUCGUGAUUGGUCGGACAAGAUGCAGAGAGAAGGAAAAACUGGAGACACUGCCCCAAGAGGAGCUGGAGAGAGCCCUGUCCACGGACAGCUACAGCACUUACAUCAGUGUUCAUGCCGUGGCUCAGGCCUUAAAUGCUGCUUUGUCAACUAGGUCACGCCAGAUGCUGGUGGUGGGUGAAGGAGGCAAAUGGGAACAUCAAAGUCUGCAGCCAUGGCAGCUUCACCCUUUCUUAAAAGAAAUCCAGUGUUUGAAUACUUCCAGGGGCAGACCGUGUUUGGACGAGAAUGGGGAGCAGCCAGCUAACUUUGACAUUGUGAAUUGGGUGAUGUUUCCCAAUGAGUCUCGUGUCAUGGUGACCAUUGGGAGUGUAAAGAGAGAGGCAUCUGCCGGAAUGAAGCUGACCAUUAACCCAGAAGCCGUUGUGUGGCCCAAGCAGUUUAACAAGGCUGUGCCUCGUUCUAGGUGUACCAAAAGAUGUCAACUGGGAUAUGCCAAGGUGGUUCUAGAAGGAGAGCCCGUUUGCUGCUAUGCUUGUGCUCCUUGUGCUGAAGGGACCAUCUCCACUCAGGAAGAUGCUGAACAUUGCAGCAAAUGCCCAGAAGAUCAGCAUCCAAACAAGGACCAAGAUCAGUGUGUCCCCAAGAGUAUCAUCUUCCUGGCUUAUGAAGAACAUCAGGGGAUCACCUUGGUUUCCAUUGCCAUCUUCCUCUCUAUAACAGCAUGCACCAUAUUAGGAAUCUUCAUUAAAUACAAGGAAACUCCAAUAGUCAAAGCCAACAACCGGGAUCUCUCCUACCUUCUGCUUGUCUCCCUUCUGCUUUCCUUUUUGUCCUCCUUCCUCUUCAUUGGCCAGCCAAGGAAAGUGACCUGCCUUCUCAGGCAAACAGCCUUCAGCAUCAUCUUCUCAGUUGCCGUCUCUUCUUUGUUGGCUAAAACCAUCACUGUGGUGCUGGCCUUCAUGGCCACCAAGCCAGGGAACAAGGUGAGGAGAUGGCUGGGGAAGAGUCUGGCCAACUCCGUUGUCAUUUUCUGUUCCAGUGUCCAAGUUGUCAUCUGCACCAUCUGGCUAGGCAUGUCUCCCCCUUUCCCGGAGUCUGACAUGCACUCCCAGCCCCGAGAGAUCAUCCUGCAGUGCAACGAAGGGUCUGUGGCCAUGUUUUAUGGUUCCCUUGGCUACAUGGGCUUCUUGGCUGCCAUCUGCUUCACAGUGGCUUUCCUGGCCAGGAAGCUGCCUGGGGCCUUCAAUGAAGCCAAGCUGAUCACCUUCAGCAUGCUGGUCUUCUGCAGUGUUUGGGUGUCCUUUGUGCCCACCUACCUGAGCACCAAGGGGAAGUACAUGGUAGCCGUGCAGGUCUUCUCUAUGUUGGCCUCCAGUGCUGGGCUUCUGGGCUGCAUCUUCAUUCCCAAGUGCUACAUUAUUGUGCUGAGGCCUGAUCUGAAUACAAAGGAGCACCUGACUACAAAAACUUAAGAUGACAUCUUAUGCUUUAAUGAUUCAAUGUUGACUAUGCCCACCACUGAAGAAAUGAAGCACACUUACUUGUCUUCAGAUUAUUUAUCCAUAUAGAUCUCUCCACUUUGAAUACAUCAUGAAUAAACAAAAUGAUUACGUAAUAA